GUCAAAGUAUUGGUGCUUCAGUUUCAGCAUCAGUCCUUCCAAUGAAUAUGGUGAAGAUCAAUUCUGAAGGUCAGUUCGCAGUAGCUGAUGAAGCAGGACCUAUGGGCUCACAGGUAGACGAGCCCCUAAUAGUCUCAGAGGCCGGGAGCCCCUCCAAUACAGAGCACAUGUGCUUCAUGCAUGGAGACCAGAGCUGACUGCAGAGGCAAGUCAGAAUUUUGCAGGCUGGGAGAUAAAUGAGACAGGCAUCUUCAUCCAUGGGAACAGUGUGAUACAACUCAAGGCUUCCUGAAAGCCAAGAGGACCCUCAGAGACCAUCUAGCCCAGUGAUUCUCAAAGUGUGGUCCCCUGACCAACAGAACAGCAUCACUCAGACUGAAUAAGAUAGAAACUCUGUGUUUUCACAAACUUUCCAGGUGAUUCUCAUGUGAUCUUUACAGGUGCUUCUAAGAUGUGAGGACCUUCCAUCCAGCCCAUUGUUCCCAAAACUGCUGCUAGAAUACUUAUUUGCAGAAGGUUAACGGGUCCUCUGUAAAAGGAGGAUCUAUGGUCAAAUAAGUUUGGGAACUACCUACUCUCUGCAUCACUUUCAGAAAGUCACAAAUCACAGUGGUGUGUUAAUGACUCUGAGAAGUUCCGCAGUCAAUUCUUUGCUUUUGAUUAAUCCAACGUUAUUUCAAAUUGCUUGUUCAGAUUGCUCACAUUUCCAUUAACACUCUCUUAGAGAAAUUCUGACCCACCUCAUUCCUCAUUUUUUACGUGGAUCUAUUGAAGAUUGGAAGAAGUAUGGGGACUGCCCAGAGUUUCAGAGAGAAAGUGUGUUAGGGCUCAAAAAGGGCCUAGCAAUACGCUUCACUCCUAAACCCUGCACCCUCUUUCCCUGCCUCCUAGCCAUGUGUCCCUCCAGAGCUCUGUGAUAUGGAGCCAGUCAACAGCACAGAGGUGUCUGAGUUCUUCCUGAAAGGAUUUUCAGGUUACCCUACCCUGCAGCACCUGCUCUUCCCUCUGUGCUCAGCCAUGUACCUGGUGACCCUGCUGGGGAACACAGGCAUCGUGGCGGUCAGUGUCCUGGAUGCCCACCUGCACACACCCAUGUACUUCUUCCUGGGAAACCUCUCCAUCCUGGACAUCUGCUACACGUCCACUUUUGUGCCCCUGAUGCUUGUCCACCUCGUGUCAGCCCAGAAGACCAUCUCCUUUCUUGGCUGCGCACUCCAGAUGUGUCUGGGUCUGUCUACAGGCUCCACAGAGUGUCUGCUGCUCACCAUCAUGGCCUAUGAUCGCUACCUGGCCAUCUGCCGGCCCCUUAGGUACCCCGUGCUGAUGAGCCACCGGCUCUGCUGGUUGCUGGCGGGAGCCGCCUGGGUCCUCGGUCUCUGCAAGUCAGUGACUGAGACAGUCAUCGCCAUGAGGCUGCCCUUCUGUGGCCACCGUGUGGUCAGUCACUUCGCCUGCGAGAUCCUGGCAGUCCUGAAGCUGGCCUGUGGUGACACGUCCAUCAGUGAGGUCUUCCUGCUGGUGGGUGCCAUCUUGCUGCUGCCCGUGCCCCUGGCCUUCAUCUGCCUGUCCUACACGCUUAUCCUGGCCACCACCCUGAGGGUACCCUCAGCCACCGGGCGCCGCAAAGCCUUCUCUACUUGCUCAGCACACCUGGCCGUGGUGAUGCUUUUCUAUGGCACCGUCAUCUUCAUGUACAUGAAACCCAAGAGCAAGGAGGCCCGUAUCUCUGACGAGGUCUUCACGGUCCUCUAUGCUGUGGUCACACCCAUGCUGAACCCCGUCAUCUACAGCCUGAGGAACAAGGAGGUGAAGGAGGCUGCCAGGAAGGUGUGGGGCAGGAUACAGACCUCCAGGUGAGGGAGGCCAGGGCUCCUGCAGGUUAGCAGCUCAGGUCUGCCUUCGCCUACAGAGCAGAUGGGUAGGGCUCAGGGUAGGGGUUCUGGAAUCUUCAACCCAGAA